AUGAAUUUUGAAUUUGAAAGGGAGAUCGGGUUUAUAAACAGCCAGCCGUCCCUCGCAGAGUGCCUGACAUCUUUCCCCGCCGUCCUGGAGUCAUUUCAAACUUCAUCAAUCAAGGAGUCGACAGUAAUUCCGCCUCCCUUCGAGCACACCAUCCCCAGCCUCAGCCCGUGCACAGCCAGCCAGCCGAAACCAGCAGCCGCUGCGAGCCAGCAGCCCCGGAGAAGCUCUGCCGCCAAUGGCCCCCACACCGGCCCCCACACCGGCCCCCACACCGGCCCCCACACCGGCCCCCACACCGGCCACCACACCGGCCACCACGCCGCCCCGCAGGCGCGCUGCCCGGCCGGCCAGGCCCCGGCCCCCGCCGCCCCCCCCGGCCCACGAGUUCCCCUGGAUGAAGGAGAAGAAAUCCUCCAAAAAGUGCUCCAAGCCCGGGGGCGGCUCGACCAGCGGCGGAUCCCUCAGCACCCCCGCCGCGUCCUUCCCCUCUCCCACCGCCUCCGGGUACGCGUCAGCGGGCAUCGAGUCCCCCACAGCCUCUGGAAACCUCUGGGACCGGGGGCCUCACGGGAGAGGACGGUCAGAGCGGCGGGGACCGGGCGUAUGCUGAUGAGAGCGGGGACAGUGCGCACGAGGCGCCCCGGGGCCGCGCGCCCCCCAGGACCGCCGCCUCCCCCGACCCCGCCACGGCGCGCAGCUCCCCGCCGGCCUUCACCCCCACCAACUCCACCGACCACACCGACCUGCUGCGGCUCGGAGAGGCCGUGCCCGCGGCCCCGGCCGAGCCCCCCCCCCGCCGCGGCCCCCCCCGCCGCGGCCCUGCCGGACCUUAGCUUCUUCCCGGAGGACGCAUGCCUUUCCCCCAGCCUGCAGAGCUCCCUGGACAGCCCGGUGGACUUCUCCGAGGAGGACUUCGACCUGUUCACAAGCACACUGUGCACGAUAGACCUGCAGAAUCUCAACUUCUGA